AUAAUGUAAUAUUAUAUUGAUGAACAGAAAACUAUAUUUAAUUCUAUUCAAUUGCAAACUUUAAGAGAGAAUAAUAGAGGAGGACUCAUUUCUCUCCUCUGACUCUUCCUUAUAAAUAACGCAUAUGAGCCAUUAAAGAGUUUCACAAAUAUUUUCUACGCAAAAAGAAAAAAGAAAAUGAAUAUGGGAAACGAAGAGAAACCCAAAAAGAAAAGAAGUCUCAUGAACUUCUACAGAUUCUCCACCACCACUUCGAAGCAGUCACUUAUAAACCCUAAAUCCAAACCCAACAAAAUCUCAAUCCCAUCAUCAAUAUCCCAAGAAGAAGUGUCAAAACCAAUCGUCGUCGUCCAACCGAAUAAAACACAAAACCAUCUAAUGAGAGACACCUUCGAGUUAGAGACUAGUAGUGGUAAUGAAAGAAAGGAAGGCGGUGGUGGUGCGGCGGAGGAGGGGAGGAAAUCGGUGUCGCACGUGGAGAGGGAUACGGCGGCGAGGAUAGCGGCAGCGGCGGAGAUGUUAACGGUGAGGAUAUUAGCAGCGGACAUGCCGGGAUUUAUGCAGGCACAUGCGUUUAGGUGUGCGAGAACGACUUUAGAUAGUUUGGAGAAGUUUAGUUCGAAGCACAUGGCUUUCAAUCUCAAGAAGGAAUUUGACAAAGGGUAUGGACCAGCAUGGCAUUGCAUUGUAGGGUCAAGUUUCGGGUCGUUCGUGACACAUUCCACAGGUUGUUUUCUUUACUUCUCUAUGGACAAACUCUACAUUCUCCUUUUCAGAACCAAAGUUCGACCUGCCUCUCCUCAAUGAUGUUCUUCUUCUCCUUCCUUUUUAUUAUAUAAAUUGUCUUUUCUUCACUUUGUUUUAGGCUGUAACUUAUACCAAUCGUAAUCAAAAAGGCUUACUGUAAAUUCACUAGUCCUACGUUUUUUCCAUAUGUUAUUAUUCUAAGUUGGAACAAAGAUUCUUCUCGAGAUUGUUUGGGAUUAUGAGUUAAUUUGUAUGAACGCGUGGCCAGCAAAAAGUUCA